AUGAAUAUUUCUAGAGAAGAAUUUGAAAAGUUGAUUGAUGAAGGAAAAAUUGAUAAAGCGGUUGAAGCUUUAAGAAAAAGACAAGAAAUAAUUAAUCAAUUUCAAAAUAAAACAUUACAAAAUGAAGUUAUAACACCACGUUUAACUGAAGAUCCAACAAUUCCUUCUAUAUAAGAAAAAAAGAAAGGAAUAAAUGAUUUUAGACAAAGUCCAAUAGAAAAAAGAAAUUCAAGAGGAAUGUCAGCAUUUAAACCUGUCUAUUAA